GACUGCCCCCAGCUGCUGCGCGUGGACAAGAUCCUGGUGCCCGUGGAGGUGAUCAAGCCCAUCACCCUCAAGGCCAAGAACCUCCCGCAGCCGCAGUCGGGGCAGCGCGGCUACGAAUGCGUCCUCAACAUCCAGGGCAGCGAGCAGCGGGUGCCUGCCCUGCGCUUCAACAGCUCCAGCGUGCAGUGUCAGAACACCUCCUACUCCUACGAAGGGAUGGAGAUCAACAACCUGCCGGUGGAGCUGACAGUUGUGUGGAACGGGCACUUCAGCAUUGACAACCCGGCUCAGAAUAAAGUUCACCUCUAUAAGUGCGGGGCCAUGCGUGAGAGCUGCGGGCUGUGCCUCAAGGCAGACCCGGACUUCGAGUGUGGCUGGUGCCAGAGCCAAGGGCAAUGCACCCUCCGGCAGCACUGCCCUGUCCACGAGAGCCAGUGGCUGGAGCUGUCGGGCGCCAACAGCAAGUGCACGAACCCCCGCAUCACAGAGAUAAUCCCGGUGACAGGCCCCCGGGAAGGGGGCACCAAAGUCACCAUCCGAGGGGAGAACCUGGGCUUGGAGUUCCGGGACAUCGCCUCCCACGUCAAGGUGGCGGGCGUGGAGUGCAGCCCUCUCGUGGAUGGGUACAUCCCUGCCGAACAGAUCGUGUGUGAGAUGGGGGAGGCCAAGCCCAGCCAGCACGCCGGCUUCGUGGAGAUCUGUGUGGCCGUGUGUCGGCCUGAGUUCAUGGCCAGGUCCUCGCAGCUCUAUUACUUCAUGACGCUGACUCUCUCAGACCUGAAGCCUAGCCGGGGGCCCAGGUCCGGAGGCACACAGGUGACCAUCACGGGCACCAACCUGAACGCGGGCAGCAACGUGGUGGUGAUGUUCGGCAAGCAGCCCUGCCUCUUCCACAGGCGUUCUCCGUCCUACAUCGUCUGCAACACAACAUCCUCAGACGAGGUGCUGGAAAUGAAGGUGACGGUGCAGGUGGACAGGGCCAAGAUCCACCAGGACCUGUCCUUCCAGUACGUGGAGGACCCCACCAUCGUGCGGAUCGAGCCCGAGUGGAGCAUCGUCAGUGGGAACACACCCAUCGCCGUGUGGGGGACUCACCUGGACCUCAUACAGAACCCCCAGAUCCGGGCCAAGCAUGGAGGGAAGGAGCACAUCAAUCUCUGCGAGGUUCUGAACGCCACUGAGAUGACCUGCCAGGCUCCGGCCCUCGCUCUGGGACCCGACCACCAGUCUGACCUGACAGAGAGGCCCGAGGAGUUUGGCUUCAUCCUAGACAAUGUCCAGUCUCUGCUAAUCCUCAACAUGACCAACUUCACCUACUACCCCAACCCUGUGUUUGAGGCCUUUAGCCCCUCGGGAAUCCUGGAGCUUAAGCCCGGCACACCCAUCAUCCUGAAGGGCAAGAAUCUGAUCCCACCUGUUGCUGGGGGCAACAUGAAGCUGAACUACACUGUGCUGAUUGGGGAGAAGCCGUGCUCCGUCACGGUGUCGGAUGUGCAGCUGCUCUGCGAGUCCCCCAACCUCAUCGGCAGGCAUAAAGUGAUGGCCCGAGUCGGUGGCAUGGAGUACUCCCCGGGGAUGGUAUACAUAGCCCCGGACAGCCCACUCAGCCUGCCCGCCAUCGUUAGCAUUGCUGUGGCCGGCGGCCUCCUUAUCAUCUUCAUCGUGGCUGUGCUCAUCGCCUACAAGCGCAAGUCCCGCGAGAGUGACCUGACCCUGAAGCGGCUGCAAAUGCAGAUGGACAACCUGGAGUCCCGCGUGGCCCUGGAGUGCAAGGAAGCCUUUGCCGAGCUGCAGACAGACAUCCACGAGUUGACCAGUGACCUAGACGGAGCCGGGAUUCCCUUCCUGGACUACAGAACCUACACCAUGCGGGUGCUGUUCCCGGGAAUUGAAGACCACCCCGUCCUCCGGGACCUCGAGGUCCCAGGCUACCGGCAGGAGCGCGUGGAGAAAGGCCUGAAGCUCUUCGCUCAGCUCAUCAACAACAAGGUGUUCCUGCUGUCCUUCAUCCGCACGCUGGAGUCUCAGCGCAGCUUUUCCAUGCGCGAUCGCGGCAACGUGGCCUCGCUCAUCAUGACGGUGCUGCAGAGCAAGCUGGAGUACGCCACCGAUGUGCUGAAGCAGCUGCUGGCCGACCUCAUCGACAAGAACCUGGAGAGCAAGAACCACCCCAAGCUGCUGCUGAGGAGGACUGAAUCAGUGGCUGAGAAGAUGUUGACCAACUGGUUCACUUUCCUGCUCUACAAGUUUCUCAAGGAAUGUGCCGGGGAGCCCCUCUUCUCGCUGUUCUGUGCCAUCAAGCAGCAGAUGGAGAAGGGGCCCAUCGAUGCCAUCACGGGCGAAGCCCGCUACUCUCUGAGUGAGGACAAGCUCAUCCGCCAGCAGAUUGACUACAAGACCCUGGUCCUGAGCUGUGUCAACCCCGACAACGCCAACAGUCCCGAGGUCCCAGUGAAGAUCCUCAACUGCGACACCAUUACUCAGGUCAAGGAGAAGAUUCUGGAUGCCAUCUUCAAGAAUGUACCCUGCUCCCACCGGCCCAAAGCUGCAGACAUGGACCUAGAGUGGCGACAAGGAAGUGGGGCGAGGAUGAUCCUGCAGGAUGAAGACAUCACCACCAAGAUCGAGAAUGACUGGAAGAGACUCAACACCCUGGCACAUUACCAGGUGCCAGAUGGUUCUGUGGUAGCCUUAGUGUCCAAGCAAGUGACAGCGUACAAUGCGGUGAACAACUCCACUGUCUCCAGGACCUCAGCGAGUAAAUACGAAAAUAUGAUCCGGUACACGGGCAGCCCCGACAGCCUCCGUUCGCGCACACCAAUGAUCACCCCCGACCUGGAGAGUGGAGUCAAGAUGUGGCACCUGGUGAAGAACCAUGAGCACGGGGACCAGAAGGAGGGGGACCGGGGGAGCAAGAUGGUGUCUGAAAUCUAUCUGACACGACUGCUGGCCACUAAGGGCACGCUGCAGAAGUUCGUGGACGACCUGUUCGAGACCAUCUUCAGCACGGCGCACCGCGGGUCGGCCCUGCCCCUGGCCAUCAAGUACAUGUUCGACUUUCUGGACGAGCAGGCGGACAAGCACGGCAUCCACGACCCGCACGUCCGCCACACCUGGAAGAGCAACUGCCUGCCCCUGCGGUUUUGGGUCAACAUGAUCAAGAACCCCCAGUUCGUGUUUGACAUCCACAAGAACAGCAUCACCGACGCCUGCCUCUCCGUGGUGGCCCAGACCUUCAUGGACUCGUGCUCCACAUCGGAGCACCGGCUGGGCAAGGACUCCCCCUCCAACAAGCUGCUCUAUGCCAAGGACAUCCCAAGCUACAAGAACUGGGUGGAGAGGUAUUACUCAGACAUUGGGAAGAUGCCCGCCAUCAGCGACCAGGACAUGAAUGCGUACCUGGCUGAGCAGUCCCGGAUGCACAUGAAUGAGUUCAACACCAUGAGCGCCCUCUCCGAGAUCUUCUCCUACGUGGGCAAGUACAGCGAGGAGAUCCUCGGACCCCUGGACCAUGAUGACCAGUGUGGGAAGCAGAAACUGGCCUACAAACUAGAACAAGUCAUAACCCUCAUGAGCUUAGACAGCUGAGAACCGUCCUUCCAGCUCGCCCGCUCCCCCCUCCCCCACUGGAGGGAGGGACACACCAAGCCGUGCCUCAGUCUAGAUUAUCAUCUUUACCAAGUGCAAGUUCCGACUGGCGUCAGCAGCAUCCCCUCAGCAGCGCUGUCUCCCUCUCCCUUUCUCUCUCUGCCUGUCUCUGUCUCUCCCGCCUCCCUGGAUUCCCUCUCUUUCAGUUCCUCUGCCAACACGGUUGAACCAAGCCGCCGACCCUCAAGUUAGUCCAGGAUGGCCGGUCCCCACCGCGCCGAGGGGCCUGACCUGAAGACAUCAGAGGGGCCCUCUUUCCCAGCUGACCCCGAGCAUUAGCAGCAGGGCCCGGAUACAAAUGAGGAGCCAUGGACGGAGGUGCUUCUGUGCUGUUACCCUGCCUUCCGUCUUUCCGUAGUCCCCACAUGGGUCUGACCUUGGCCUGGGGAAGAGGCAGGGAGCUCAGUAUUAUCUUCACGGGGAAGAUGUCACCUGGCCCAGGUUUCUGUCUUCGCGGGGUCCCCCUGCAACUCUGGGAAGAAAGGCUGCUCCUCCUGCCUGUGGCUGGAGUGGGGACCAUGAGCAGUUGAGGGGCGCCUUGCAAGCUGCCUCUCACAUGUGCGAUUGGCAGGAGAGGCUCCCUUGUCCCCUUCUGAUCUUUUCGGAGUUCUUCAAAGCACCCACAGGUGCCCGGCCUGCCCAGUCCUGGCCUGUGGAAAACCUUUCAGGAGAAAGAAUAGCAGUUACAGCCCACUGUGGAGAUCCUCCCGAUGUGGCUCAUAGUGGCAGAAAUGUAACAUGCAGGAGGAGAAAAGAAGAGAGUUGCAUCCACCUGGAAGCAGAACUGGUUGUUUUCCAUUCACCCCACGUGCUAACGAAUCACCGCAUAGUCAGAGGUCUAAUCCCUUGUAGAUCCCCGAGCACCAUCUAGAGGAUGCACUUCCAUCCUCCUUAGUCAUCCCUCAUCAGGGGUCAGGGUCAAACACCAGUGCAUCCAGGAGCUUCUACCUCCAGCGGUCCCCGUGGCUCCAUCCCCACCAUCCUUCCUGAGAACUCUAGAGAAGAUUGGGGCGGACAGCCUCGCUCCUGACUCCCUGCAGAGUCUGGUGCCGUUGCUAUGCAGAUGACUGUGUGACUGGACUGUUCAGACCUCCUCGGGAAUUAUUUCAUCAACAUCUCAGCUGUCACUUUAGUCACUUUCCUCCCUCCUCCCUUCUGCAGUCAUCCCGGGAAGAAACACUUGCAAGCACAGUCUCUCAGAGACAAACCAAAAUGCCAGCCAGACUCAGCUCCAGGUUUGUCAUGUGUGGGGAGGACCGAAAAAUCAAAAGGAAGGACCUGUCCAGAAAUGGGAGGAGGGACAUACCACUGACCUUGGCCCUGGCAUCGUGUCUCUCCCUCUGUCCUUCCAUUCACGAAUACAUCGUCAGCCAGCCAGGCAGAUACGUGCUCAGACAUGCGUCCUAGGUGAGCAGGGGCUAUGGUGAGAGAGUCUGAUGGAGGGCCGUGGAAACCUAUAACCUUGAAAGGACCUUAGACACCAUCUCCAUCUAUGGUCCAGUCUCCGCCAUAGACUCUCUCCAGGCAGCCCCUGUGUGAAGUUGUUCACCACUCUGGGGGACAAACAGAGGCAUCCAUGGGGUUGGGAAUGAGGUUUCUACAGUCUUGCCUUCACUCCUCAAGCAUCAGACAUCUUCCACUGCCAUCCACUCCAAAGGGGCCCCUCUUUGAGGAAGGGACCAGCCCAUUUCCGGCAACAUCUUUGGAACACCCUAUAUUUGAAGAAUGCUAGCCCCUUUGGAUAUGAGCGUGUGUGUGUGUGUGUGUGUGUGUGUGAGAUCUCAUGUGCACAUGCACCUCUGUGUUUGUGUGUGUGUGUAUCUGUCUGCCCCGUGAGUAGGUAGAGAGCUCAGAAAGCUUUCUGGUCCUACUGCGGGGUGGGGUGGCGGGGGUGUCUGAAGCAUUUCCCUUCUCUGCCCUUGUCCACCAUUCAUUCUGCAACUUCAGGACAUUUCAAUACUUGUUUUCUGUGCUGCGUGCUGGGGGAUGAAGUCACCUGUCUAUAGGAAAUCAGGGUGGUCACUGACCAAGAGAAGCCUGGACGUAACUGGAGGCCAGGCGGUGGUGACAGAGAGCAGGGCAUGAUGUGGCGUCGAGCAGGACAAGUGAUGGGCAACACGCAAGUAGCCUAAUCAACGGAAAGAGGAGAGUGAGAAGCGAUGUGUUUCAAGUGGGAAAAACAUAACCAAAGGUCUCAGCAAAUGAAGUGCCAGGUGUAAGAAGAAUGGAAUUUCUCCCCUUGAUCAUUUGAUUUCCUCCCCGGAAGCCACGAGGCCUGGCAGGCCAGGAAGGAAGCAUGCGGGAGGUAGGCUGAGGAGGCACCUGGGCCACUAACAUAUAUUUGCACAUGUGAAGGGUUGGGGAGAAGAAAGACACAAACAUAUUUAACACAGGUGUGCUGAAUGGAAGCUGUGAGUGUGUGUGCAUGAGUGAGUGUGUUUUGAUUUACUUUUUAAGUUUUGCACAGUUAGAGAAAAAAAAUGAACAAGCAGAGAAAAAGACUGUUACCAUGGUUCUGCUGAAGCUUUUAUUUUUUUUUUUUACUGGAUUAUUAUUAUUGUUAUUGUUUUGUUGUCGGUACAUGACUUUUUCUCCCCAUGUUUUUAUUAUAAGGGAAACCUGAAACCCAUCAGAGAAAUGUCGGGAAGAAAGAGGGGAGGAGGAUGGGCAGGUUUCCCUGGUUUCCUCCUGUCUCCUGGGGGAGGGUUUGGGGCAGGUUUUCUUUAAUUGGUGGGGUGGUUGUUUCUGGUGCUUUGCUUGCCCGAAGUCUCUGUGGCCUGUUGGGGAUGGAGAAGUAGGAUAGAGUCAUGCAGAGCCGCAACCCAUCUUGCCCAUAAGAGCUCUCUUUCCGUUCGCUGUUUGUUUUCCAUUUCUUUUGUUUGGAUUCUUGGUACACGUGUGAUACGUUUCAAAGUAAAAACAAGGCAGCGUGAUUAAAAAAAAAAAAAAAAGCUGCUCUUUCCCCCAGAUCUUCUUUCCAAACACCCCCUGGAACCCCCAACCUCCUCCUGGCUGGCCGGAGACACCGUGCUAUCCAGCAUGCAUGAGAGAAGGGACUUGGGCCGAUUAGGUCCUGUAGAAGGGAGGUCUCUUCAAGGCCCCUGCUCUGUGUCACAGUUUAUGUGCAGGGUCACAGUUCUGUUCACGGUGGGACCUUUAUCUGACUCCUAGAGUCCUGGGAAGAGAACACAGGAAGAAAGGCCAUGUCUCCUCACCCUCCCUUCAUCCCAUCUCUUUCACUCCUUCAACCCCUUGAAACCACCAGGGUCCAAAAUGGUACCAGGAGAUCACACAGUCAGACAUAACCGACCUGGACUAGGUGAGGAGUUUGAAUAUUGUAGCGAGAUGGGAUGGUGAGAAGCAGGGAGGAAACGCUGUGAGGUCCUGAAUUUAAGAAUGAGUAGAGAGAGGCUGGGACAAUUAGCUGCAGACUGGUCAUCUCUCCCGAGGGCACAAGUCUCCCCAGGUGUGGGCAUAUUUACUAUUCCUUGUCCUUUCCUAGAAGGAGAGACCCUGACAUGUCCUGGUAACCACAAAUAGCAACACUGCCUGGAGCUGGCUUUUGUAGCUAUUAACUUCCUCUUGCCUUCUUUCAGCAUAGUUUGGAAUUCAGGGACUUGGGAAAACCUGGGCAUCCCAUUGACUGAGAAUACCAUGCACACCCAGAGCCAGCCUAGAGCCUCUCUCUCUUGAGCCCAUGGGCGAGUGAGUGAAGCCAGAGAUGCUGGAAAGAGACAAGUCAGUUUAAACGUUAGAGGCAGACUGGCCAGGACUGGCCCCUGGCAGCAGUGGGAGUAAGGUCUCUGGCUCUCACCUCCCAGCCCUGGGGUCAGCGUUGAUGUGCUAUCCCAACAUUGCUGCCUCCCCUUUCCCUCAUCACAGGUCCUCGACCUCUGAUCCCCUUUGCAUGUCUGGCUCCUCAGUGUGCCCCUUCCCCAGCAGAGUGUCCCCAAUCCCCGUUCUUGCCCACCUCCCACACGUGAGACUCUGCCCCAAGGCCAUGUAUCCACUAAGUUUGGGAGCUGUUCAGCCCCAGGUGGAUGGCUCCGCCCUCAGUUCAGCCUCCUGGGACCACCCCAGCCCUUUCCUGCCCUCCAAAGUUGCCCCCACUGAGCCCUUGCAGCUCCCUAACACAGCCGGGGCCUGGUGGGUCUCCCAUCAGAGGAGCCACAGAAGUGGUUUCCCCAGUGACCUCCGUUCCACAAGGCAAGUCCUACUGACACUUUCAGAGCCUCAACAAGGCCUCAUUCCCACCCUACAAAUGGGAAAGCUCCGUAUGCCAUCCAUCUCUGCUCUCAGGAUUAAGGGACACUUCUCCUUGACCUCACAGAAUGCCAAGUCAAAUAUUUAGCCUAGUGAAGGUUAAAGUUAAUUGUAGUUCAUCAAGCAUAGACAUUCCCACCUCACAGAGACCCGUGGAGGGAGAGGGGCCUUGGGGAGGCACUCUGCAGACAGAAAGCCCAUAGACACUCUUUUCUUGACCCUGGACUACAGUCCUUCCAGGAACAGCACCCCCACCCCCAAUGAGGACCCUAGGGCGGACCUCUGAGAGGCACGUCCGUGGAUAAACCGCCUCCAGGUACUGGAGGCCCCAGGGUGCUGCCAGCACCCAGCAGACCCACCCGGGCAGAUCCCACCUGCUUCCUGGCCCUUCCGCUUGCGUCUAGCUCGUGUAGUCACCAAGAACCUUCUUUCAGCCUCCCACUCUCCCUGUUGGUUCUCAGGACAGACCACUAAGGACCCCUGAUUCUCAGCCCUUCCCUUUGUCUCUGAACCAUUGGUGGGUUGUCUGGGGAUUCGUAGUUAUUUUUUGUUUGUGUCUUUUAAAAGUUUGAGUUUAAGGAGGAAGCCCAGGUGCGGAUGUAAAAUCCAAAUACUGGGGUUGGUGGGGGGCACACAGAACUCUUUACCUGUGACUUCCAAGGGGCUGAGGAGAAACUGGGAGCAGGGGACAGAAGAAAUCCCGCUUGUUAAAGAAAUGGGUCAGGAUAUCCCUGGGCCGGGGCCCUGCCAGGGGAAGUAGCCAGGGGCUGUUGACAUUCUUGGUGCUUUCCCGCACCUUCGCUGGCUGGAGCCUGCAGUGCUACCCUGCUCCGCCCACCUGUGCUGCCUCACCCCACAGGUGAAGCAAACGAAUCAUCCUACAGACAGGGAGACCAAGGGACAGCAGUAGGUGACGCCGUAGAGGCAGCUCCCGGGAACAGCUGACGCUCCGGGAGCCUCUUCCCGUCAGGGUGCUGGAAAACUGAAUGACCCAGCCUCCCAUUCGGAGAGGAAUCUCUGCAGUAAAACUUCAUUCAGGAGAGACCUUUUCUUAAACUAUGAAUUUGUGUUCCCCAAUAAAAUCAUUUUUUAAUUAA